AUGGACUGUUCUCCCGCAGUUGCCAACAGCAACUAUGCAUUUAAACUAUUGACCGCUCUGCCCUGUCCUCAGGCCAAUCUCUAUGCCGAUGUCUACGUGGAUGCCAGUUAUGUGAACCGAUGCGAAUACCACCGGACAGACAGCUUUGCAAUUGUCCCCGAUUUCGGCACGGUUCCCGACUUUAUUGCUGCAACUACGCCCAUGAAGAGCACGUGUCCACAAUUUCUCACCAUGAUUGCGCAACAGUGCUGUCCGUUGAUUAUACACCUUGAUGGUUUAGCCGAAACUGAAAAAUUUCCUCAGAACCAGUAUUGGCCAAAAGAGUUUAAUGAAGAAACCUUCACGGACGGUGUUAGGGCCUGCAACGUCUUCGCUGCUGAGGUUUCUAAUCACACGCACUGGAUUGACCGAAUGCUUGAAAUAACUCCCUCCGACUCAGGACAUAGCUGGACAGCAGAACAGAUGCAAAUUUCGGCGUGGUCGUCAAGAAGGAACCCCAGACCGGAUAUACUCUACGACUUCAUCAUGACAUUCCUGGACAAAAUGGCCGUCCACGCAGUGAACGAAAGAUUCGGACCACCAAUUAUUCACGCAAGUUCCACAGACGGCAGAGUGGGAACUUUUAUCUGCGCGGUUUCAUUGCUGCAGCAGUUACAAACUAAUUCCAACUACAUUGAUGUUUUUGGGACUGUUCUGUCGCUGCGUAAACAGCGAUCAAACUUGGUUAACAAUAAGAAACAACUGGAAUAUCUAUACCGAUUUAUGAAAUACUGUAUUGCCAUGGCGAUCACUGUCGAAUGCGAGAUGCCAAGUCUUCCAGUAGACCAGGCUAUUGAACGGACCAGAACUGUCCAGCAUCGAAUAAACACCGGCAACGCUGCUCCAAAACAUAUCCCAUCCCAACGGAUACCCUUUCACUUUCUAGAAGAACUGCAUAAUUUGGUGGAGAAUGUGCCUCAUCAAGGCAUGAUUAAACCAUAUACUUCCCCUGUGCAGCUCCGGUGCUUGAAUGCUGUCACCGUCAGAGACUCAUUUUCCCUUUCUCGUCCAGAUGACCUCCUCGACUCUAUGGAAGGCAAGGAAUUAUUCACUACCCUCGACCUGUCCUUCAAAUUGAAGUACAUCCGGAGAUCGCGCCAGGACUGCCAUUACACUGCCAUCGGCACUAUUAAAGUUAAACAAGUUACCAUUGAGUUUGGUUAG